AUGAGCUUUGUGCCCGAAGACGAACCGGUAUUCAGCGAGGAGGGUCUGCAGGUAGUGAGAGUGAAUUUUGGUGAGGAGUAUAUGUCCUCCGAGUCUCCAGUAUCUGAUACUCCCACCAUCCGUCAGGAAGGCAAUCGUGACAUUCGUUAUCAGGAUCCCGGACGUGUCAUUCUUAUCUCCAACUUGGGCAGCAACCAGUUUGAACUCACUACCUAUUGCCAAAACGACGAGUGCCCCACGGACAUUGCUUCGGAGACAUCUAGCGUGACCAUCGGCUUCAUGGACACUACUCAAGAAGUCGAAGCCCUUGUGAACAGAGUCGAUGCGAUCACUGCGAAUUCAGCGCUGUCUCAACAAGAACGACAGAACAGUGCGCAUGCUGUGCUCGCGGCAGAAGCUCUGCGGGCAAGUGCACCCUCGGAUGAGCCAGAUACAGAGGCGCUAGAGAAUACUUUGCACGCACCUACAGCUGUGCGCGUGGAUAGUGGCAACACAACGGCGCAAGUCGGAGAUGUGAGCAAGUCCGCGCCCAGACCACGCUCGCCAUUGCGGCUGCAGACUCCUGGCAAUAGCUCUCAAACUGCGCCUGCGCUGCCAGAGAAGGACGACAGCAUAGCAGCAUCUCCGACGCUAUGCAAACAUGUCAUCCAUCCAGGCCAAGGCACACAUGAUACCUUGCCUGCUGUACAGGCAACGUCGCCUACCCAAGGACCCGAGUCAGCGACGUCUCCGAUCACUACACUGCCUUCCAUACAUGAGCUCACUGGACAGCUUGGCUCGCUUGCGGAAGCUGCCGCUAUCCAUUCACCUCGACCGCCACCACCAGCUUCGCAUCAUCGAACGCAUUCCUUUGCCUCGACAACGGUACAUUCGCCCAGUGCGCCUUAUCACGCCUUCACCAACAACAUGCAGACUUCACCGGCUGCGCCAUAUGCCUACGCUGGCGCUGCUAGGUCUCCAACGAGCACAAUCAGCGACAUGACGCAGACAGUGUACGGCUCGCCAACGGCAGCACACUACUCGCCACGUGCGUAUUUUGCGGGCCGCCGAAGCUCGGUAGGUGUCGCAGAUGAUCCAGCACCAUACAGCAUGCCGCCAUCGUUGCCUUCUGCGUCUUCAUCUGGAGAGAGCUAUGGGCACGCGAGCUCAGGCACGGAGGGCUACAGCACUGCACACACGACACCGAUCGACCCUGCUUCUAUGCAAGAUGGCGGCAACACGCGGACAAUGCCGAUUCAUCUCCCUCCACCCAAUGCCAUGGCACAUAAUCCUGCCAUGAUGAUGAGCUUCAAGUGCGAUUAUGUGGGUUGUACUGCGCAGUCGUUUCAGACACAGUACUUACUGAGGUAUGUGUCUCUACUCAGCUCGUAG